AUGGUCCAAACUAAAAGAAGUAGAAUCCCAACAGUUUGCAGAGCUUGUAGAAAAAGAAAAUCCAAAUGUGAUAGACUAAGACCUCAAUGUUCCAGAUGUGUGGAAUCCAAGACUGAUUGUAUUUAUGAACAAGAUAUUUCUUUUCUCGAACCAAAUAUUAUUGAUGAUCCUUUAAGUGUGAGUAGUUCCGACUCAAACACAUAUAGUGUAAAAAAUUUUGAAAAAAAGGGAUUAUCUUCUUCUUUUUCUUCAUCAUCUCCCUCUUCCAAGAAUAUCUUUGCAGAUCCAACCGUUAAUUUAAGAAAUUUUCCUGAACCAACAAUGAUGAUCUUGGAAAACACUAAAUAUUUGGAUAAUCCACUUUCAGUUGUGGCAAUCUGUCAGAAAGAUGCAUAUCUAAGAACUAUCUCUGGGUCUAUAUUUUGCAUAUCCCAUUUUCAAUACGAGAUAAGGAAUGAUGCUCAAUUUUUGUCCGUAAUGCAAAAUAUAUUAUUAAAAGAUUCAAACAAUCAAGUGAUUGAGAAACCCUUUUUGGCAUUUAUUGAAAAAAUUAUCGAAAGAAACGCUAAAUUUCACAACAAAAGUAAACCAGAGUUGUGGACGCCAUAUACACUUUUUUGGAAUGACUAUAAGUUACUGGAUACCAUAGAAGAUAAACCGCCACUAUUCUUACAAAAUAUUCUGCAUGACAUUGAACACAUUUUACCCGACAGCAAAAUAACCAAGCUAUUACUGUAUCAUUUUUACCAAAACAUAUAUCCAAUUCAUCCUUAUUUGGAUAUUCCUUCCUUUGAUUAUAAUUUUAAUGUUCUUUUUAAAGACUCGGUGGAUCCAACAAGACACCAAAUUGUACUAGGGACGAAAAACAUCAGGAAGAAGAUUGUUACUGUUGCUUUGUUGUUAUUAAUUUUAAAAAUAGCAUCUACUUCCAUAGUGGUUGGUGAUGCUAUAGAACAUAUUGAAUUAAAAGAUUAUAUAGAACGCUUCAAGGACUUAUCUUUCUCACGGAAAACAGUCAUUUAUGCUCAAAAACUAUAUUCUUUGUUAAAUGUUAUGGAGUCUUCCGACGAAGACGGCCUAGCAUUUUUACUAUAUUUAAAUGUAUAUGAGACAUAUUACCCGGAGGAUGAAAACCUAUGUUUGUUACAAAAACAACAAUUGGUUUAUAGCGCCAUACACGACGUUACAAAGUUUUUGGGAUUACAUAGAGACCCUAGUGUGUAUCCACAAUUGGAUGAUUUAGUGUAUUCAGGGCCUAAUUAUAGAAAUUACAGGAGAAAGUUGUGGUUAGGUUCUAUAUCUUGGAGACUUUCAAGGUUAUUAACGGAUGGAUACAGUUCUGCCACAGAUGUGGAAGAGUUGGACGUGUUUUUAAAUGAGGAAAGUCAAUUUUUACGGAAUAUAGAGGAGGAUUCAGUCAAGGAGUUGGCUUAUGAAACACCUUUGUAUAUUAUCUUUAUCAAAAAGUUUCAUUUGUAUUCUAUGUUGUUAAAAUUGAAUCGUGUAUGCAAUAAGCCGGGAGAAGGAAUUUUAUUAUCAGAAAUUUGUAAGUUAAUGGAAAGGUGUGAAAAUGUUUUAGCCAAUGAUUUUCCAUUAUGCGCUAUGUCAAAAGUCUCGGACCAACUUUACCCCUUAUCUUUUGAAUUUAACGACAACGGUUUUAAUAGCAACAGUAAUCAGUUCAACUUGGCAGAAAUUCAAGCAACCGAGAUAUUUAACAACAAUUUAUUGGGUAGAUUAUGUUUAUUGAACAUUUCGUUUUUAUUAAUGGUUUAUUUUGAAGAAUUAACAAUAAAAAAACCACAUGAAUAUGGAAAACUACAUGAAAAAUUUAUUUUAGAGACUUUUCGGUUGGAAAUUGAAUUAUUAAGUUUGAUAACCAAAUAUUUGGAAGACCAAUAUUCAGGAUUUAUACCCGAAAAACAAGCAUAUUUAAUCAAAAAAAAUUGUUUUAAUGUUCUAUUAAAAUGCUGGAUGAUUUUAGUAUCUUUUAUAUUAAGAUUUUCGUAUGCAGAACAAGCGUAUACUAGAAUUUUUAAUUCGCAGAAUUUUUUGUACAAUAAACAGAAAAAUGCACCAAAACAAGAGCAGACAAUUUUAUUAACUCAACAACUUCUUCAAAAAUUAUCCCUACUUUUGAAAUACACGGUACAUUUGAGUUCAGAAAAGCUAGCCAAAAAAUAUUUUUGCAGCUAUGAGGCUACAUGUGUGUUUAGCUAUAUCUCCCAUCUUUUAGAUAUUGGAAAAAUAAAGGAGAGUAUGGAAAGAUGUUUAAAUUUAAAAGAUUUUCUACCUGUUCAUAUCAAGAGAAACGCUAAUUUGAAAUGGAGAUUUGAUCUAAAUGAUGCCUCCAAAAUUAAAGAUAGAUUAGUUGAUAUGAAUUGUUUGGGCACGAUUGAUGCAAACUUGGUGGGUAAACUAAUAGCUAUAUUUGAGAAUGUUGGAUUUUCAUUCAUAUUGGCUAAUGAAAAAAGAGAUGAGUUUAUUAACGAUAAAGAUAACAACACUUAUACGAUGUCUAAAUUUUUAAAUGAAGAUUAUAAUGUCUCCCAACUAUGGGAGGGUGAUUUAGAUGAAUAUUUUGAUUUUUGGGAUUACGAAGCGAAAGAUACAGGUGAAGAAAUUCAUAACAUUCAUAUACGGUAG